AUGGUUCUUCCUUUUCACUCAGAACAAGAAAUCAAUGAAACAUUUUUACAAGCUAUAAUUGAACAUAAAUCAAAAGUUUUCUUUCAUCCUUCACCUAGGUACUCAAUAGAUCGAAACACAGACCUCGAGAGGUAUUUCAAUAUUGAUGCCAACAGUGGAGUCAUUACAACUGCCAAGUCUUUGGACAGGGAAACUAAUGCUAUUCAUAACAUUACAGUCUUGGCCAUGGAGAGUCAGAAUCCAGUACAGAUUGGGAGAGGAUAUGUAGCCAUAACUAUCCUUGACAUCAAUGACAAUGCCCCUGAGUUUGCCAUGGAGUAUGAGACAACUGUCUGUGAAAAUGCUCAACCUGGCCAGAUCAUCCAGAAAAUCAGUGCAAUUGAUAAAGAUGACCCACCAAAUGGUCAUCAGUUCUACUUCAGUUUAACAGCAGAAGCAGCAAAUAACCAUAAUUUUACACUUCAGGACAACAAAGAUAACACUGCAACUGUAUUAACGAGAAGAAAUGGUUUCCGAAGACAGGAACAAUCUGUUUUCUACUUGCCAAUAUUCAUUGUGGACAGCGGAUCACCUUCACUUAGUAGCACUAAUACUCUUACCAUAAGAGUCUGUGAUUGUGAUGCAGAUGGUAUUGCUCAGACAUGCAAUGCAGAGGCAUACAUCUUGCCUGCAGGACUUAGCACUGGAGCUCUGAUAGCAAUAUUGGCUUGUGUUUUAACACUGCUGGUUCUUGUCUUGCUGAUUGUCACCAUGAGGCGACGGAAAAAAGAGCCCCUAAUUUUUGAUGAAGAGAGAGAUAUCAGAGAAAAUAUUGUCAGAUAUGAUGAUGAGGGUGGUGGAGAAGAAGAUACUGAGGCUUUUGACAUGGCUGCCUUAAGAAACCUCAACAUCAUCCGAGACACCAAGACCAGGAGGGACGUGACACCUGAGAUUCAGUUCUUGAGCAGACCGACUUUUAAAAGCAUCCCAGAUAAUGUAAUUUUUAGGGAAUUUAUCUGGGAGAGACUAAAAGAAGCUGACGUGGACCCUUGUGCACCACCCUAUGACUCCCUGCAGACAUAUGCAUUUGAGGGGAAUGGCUCGGUGGCAGAGUCACUCAGCUCAUUAGAUUCGAUAAGCUCAAACUCUGACCAGAACUAUGAUUACCUCAGUGACUGGGGCCCUCGCUUUAAAAGGCUUGCAGAUAUGUAUGGGAGUGGUCCAGACUGCUUAUACUCAUAGCAUUGGAAUCUUUCUCUGAAAAUGCACUGAGAAAUACUAAAACAAAAUAUCUCAACCUUACAGACAGAAGAAAGUUGUAAAUACUUCUCCAUUUUUAAUUUUUAGGUUCUUUUUUUGCCUUGAUGGAGCAUACCUUCAUUAGACUUGUCCUAGAGACUGCACUGAACACAAAGUAUAUGAGCAUUUGAUAUCAUUUUUAAUAAAAUGAAAUGCUCAGACACAUUCAAAUGGAUAGCAACCCUUAGAUACCUGCAAAGGUAACUCACUUUCAAGAGUAUGCUAUGCACUGUGACCUCAAUUAGUCAAUUACACUCUGCAGAUGCCUUCACAGUAUUGCUAUGUCUAGAACACAAAGUCAAUGGUAUAUCUAUUAAAAGCAUGAUUUUUUAAAAAAAUUACAUAUUCCAGUACAUUACAAUAUACAGGAUUUGCAAAUGAAAACUUUCUAGCAAAUUUUCAUUACAAUGUUGUAUACAGCUUCCUAAGCUAAAAGCAGAAGACAGACGUGAAAACAAACAAAAAUUCUGAUCAUUUUUUGUUUGUCCCUGUUUUUUUUUCAAAUCAAUUUACUGGGAAAUCUCUGUAAAUUUCUGGGUAGAUUUAUGAAAAAUAAAAUUGCCAUUUAUUUUAAGAAAUUCUGAAUUUGUCAUCAACAUACUGGAUUAUUUUAUAAGUCACAUAAAAUGAGAAAUAUGGAGGGAUGUCCUUAAGGUUGAAAAGUUUUGUGAUGCUCAUGUAGGUAUAUUUAAGGUGUUGCUAUCUAUUUGUUAUUUUUUAUUAUCUCUUCUGAUUUGUACAGGAGAAUUUAUCCUUUUUUAUUAUUAUUUGACAUAAAGCAUUAUAUUUAUUUUGGAGCUCUAAUCUCCACUAAAUCCAGGUCCUUUUACUGCCUCACAGUAUUAGACUUGUCAGAACAUGCUGAUUUUUCUCCAGUCUCAGAUAAAUGUAGGAAAUGAAGCAUGGAAAUGGAGAAAUUACAGUAAAGAAAUUGAGCCCACCGUUCAUUUCUCAGAAAGGAGAGCAGCUACAAGGACAUGCAGUUGCUCUUCUGAGUCAUUACAAAGUCUGAGACAUUUAAAUAAAAUAUUUGUAUCUUGCAUUUUUGGAAAGAAGACUACAGAGAUUGCUGGGAGUGUUAUUAAAGCAAGAUUUAAUUUCAAGGUCAAACAUCCUAUAAGCUUCAAAGACUGCUUUUCUCCCUCCCUUUAUCUUUUGCUGCUGAUGAAUCACGGUAAAAGACUUUCAAAUUUCUUUCUUAUGUUAAGCAAUGUAAUACUAUUAACUCCAGAAGCCACCUUUAGAUCUUACCGCACACAUGUAUUUUCCCCAAAAGUGUUGUCUCAGUACGCAUAAUUUCUACACUGUUUCAGGAGUGCCAAACCAGAAGGAUAACUGCCGUUGGUUAAAAUACUGCAUCGUUUUAAGUAGGAUUUCUUAGAAUAAGACAACUUUUUUAUGAUUCUGACUAUUUAUACUUCAUCUUUCAUGGUUUAUUAUUAGAUAAUAAGGCAUAUAUACCAGUAAACUAGUAUUUUUAAGUAUUCUUUCAGAUUGUUUUGUUUUAGGUAAUCUGUAGAUGAAUUCCUAAAUUACACUCUGCUCCUGCAAAAUCUUUCGCUUAUACCUAACUUGCAAUGAUUUGACUUGCCAGCAAUUACUGAGAGGUAUUCAGAAUUGUUUAUAGGAUUUUAUUUGUGAAGGUACUCCACAAAGAAUGAUGCUCACUCUAAAAGUACUUCUUUCUGAGAGAAAGAUUAUUGUACUAAAAUUCUGAUGUAUGGGUGACACAAGGCUGGGAAAAGGGAAAUCAAGGUUUUGGAAUUUUUGUAUCCCAGCAGUAUCAAUUAACUAUGUGAAAAUGGCCUUCAGCUUCAUCAGAGAAAAACAAAAUAAUUUUAAUAAUCUGCAACAUGGAUAUUUAAUUUUGAGUUACAUUUUGGUAGACAAUCUUUGAUUCACACAAUUCAGUAGAUUUGCUUCUAGUUGUACUAUAUAUAUAUAUAUACACGUAUAUAUAUAUGACAGAUUUUGUAAUGGAAUAUGUGUAAGAUUUUUCAAUAAAAAAUAACAAACAAACAAAAAAAAGAAAAAUGGAGAGUGAUCCAUGUGUUUGUAGUUCAGUGAGAAUGAGAUAUAGUUAAGCAAGCAUUAAAUCAGCAAGGUAUGAAAAGAACAGUUUUAAUUCUUCUUUUUGUUUGUGGGAAGACAAUUCCUUAAUCUGGAUUGCAAGUCAGCAAUGAUGAUUUUAGCACACAGCACUCAAAGGAGAUUUAAAUCUGAUUUAGAGUAAGCAGCCCAAUUCUCUUACUUUUCUACUUUAUAUGCCUGGAGAGGGAAAAAAACAAAAACAAAAGCAACAACAACAAAAACAGUGAAAAUAAAAAGGUCCUUUGUUAUGAAACUAA